AAGUUUAUAGAAAUAAAGUUUAGUCAGUUAUAUAUUUGGUGUGAACCAUACACAAUCUCAAGGGUCAGUCUGAUUUUAGAGGGUACUUUUCAGUUGGUUAGUCUGAUCUGUUGGCUGUUUUUUUAGCCCUUUUCAUGUUGGUUGCAGAGAGUUUGAAGCACUUUUCAACUGGUUUUAGAGUGUUGGUGCACUUUUCAGCUGGUCAUGUUGGAUUUAUUAGGGGUUUUGGCCACUUCUCAGCUGGUUAGGCUGGUUUUAGAGACAGGUUUUUUUUUUUUUGUUUGUUUGGUUAGCUCUGGAGCAUUUGGAGGCCAGCUCAAAUCAGCAAGCCAUCUUAGGAUGGUUUAAGCUUCUUCAUUUUUUUUUUGCAGGACACACACGAACCUCCCAUGUCACUUGUGACUGAGGUCUGGAUGAGUCACCCAACCUCCCUUGAAUAGUUUUCUCUAUUUUACACAUUAAAAGUGAGUCAAAGCGCCCUACCUCUUAAACACAGAGGACAAGUCCAUCCGCCCCCAUUCAAUUCACAGAAGCGCUGCAGGGCGAAAUUACGCACAGGCGUCGCGCGCUGAGCACGCCAUGCUCUCCAUCGGGAUCGGAGGAGAAAGACACGCCAAAACCACUGAUCCCGAUCCCGUCCUGUGAUUAUCUCCAGUCAGAUGUACAGGCGGAAACAUGCCUGCAUUCCGCUGUCAGGGAAAGAGAAGAAAGUAAGGAGACGUACGGCUGAUUUGUUUUUAAUAUUCCCAUGUUCCACAUGAGGGAGGUUAAGAUCGGAGAAAGCAUUUGUGUAUUAGUGUUGCUUUUUUCUGGGCUUGUGACGUGCUCAGGUGUUUUUGGAAGCCCUUUAACUGAUGAUGUGGCCACGUUGGAAACACUGAGUGAGAACAUUCCCAGUGACUACAGAAUUCCUAUCGACUUCAUCACCAAGGAUGUGGGCGGCGCUUGCUGGCUAUAUGUGAACCUGUAUAAAGUUGAAAGCAGUUUAAAAACAUUGUCACUCAAGUUUGGCAACCUGUCCACCAAUAAAGCGAACAUCACAAUAUUUAUAAUAAUGCUGGAGAAUUUUCGUUUCAAUCUGGAUGGAGAGGAGCUGGAGGUGACAAUGCAAACAUUCGAAUGCCACUACAGGAGGGGAAAGUGGCCAACUAGACGUUACUUUAACCACGUUAAAGAGGUUCUUGCAGCGGCUGGGUCCACGGGCGGCGAGUUUCGUCACUGCACACCUCCCCCUUGCCAGACUCCUGCAGCCCCUCCUUUCACACCAGGCCAAAGCAGACAGCCGCAUGGCAUGAACGGAGCGAUUCAUUUGCUCCUGGCGGUGCUCAUCAUCCCCUGCAUGGCGCUUCUGGUUCUCACUGUAACAAUGGUAUUCAGAAGAGGAGGCUAUUGUGCACAAAGAAGGCAUGAAGUUGCUCUCAGUUUGCCUGAGCCUCACGACAGAGCUGAAGAAAGCAGCACCGAGCCCCACGACAGAGCUGAAGAAAGCAGCACCGAGCCCCACGGCGGAGCUGCGCGAGGGGAUUCUGGUUCCAGCAGUCAACAGGACAGGGCGUGGCUGGAUUCUUUAGGGUGUGCAGACACAGAGGUUUAAUCAAAAAUGCAUGAGGGAAACCAGCGGAAAUGACAGUAUUUUGCGGUCGAAAUCUCCGGAUUUAUGAAGCGGACAAUGAAGGGAAUAUUUUGGCGGUGACAGGAGGGAUGCAUCAGAUGUAUCGAUGCUCACCACAAAAAACAUUAUGCUGAUGCAAAUCGCAACUUGUGUCUGGCUUAACCAAUCGACGAGUGUCCGGGAUGCCAUCCUAAAAGCGGCCAUGGGAAAACCUUUAUGAUUUCAUCCGGCAGGAAGUGUGGUUCUUUGAAGAGCACUUUGGCUGGUCGGCCGCAAUGCCCGCGGCAGCUCGUUGGCUUUGAGGAACGCCACUGGUCCUGCAGGCUUCUGCACGGAGGAUAAAUGGCUUUUUUGUGCCAGCGCCCCAUUGCAUGAGGAUGGCGGUUUAUGUUGCACCAGAAAACAUCUCUGGAACAGAGCACGGGCUUGUCUAGAAACACUUUUGAUUUAAAGCGUGGACAACAAUGCUAAGAAUUUUACUACUCAUUUAUUGGCUGAUACUGAUGGAGGGGAUCUUGAAGCCCUCGAUGCGUGUCUGUGAACACUGGAUCCUCACAACAUCCGGUUCUUCUGUAGAGGGAGGUAUCAGACAUCAGACUCUCGUUUCAUCCACUUUGGCUUUAACUCUGUUUCUCUCACACAAACACACUCCAGCUCGAAGAAUCACACGUCUCUGUCGCUCUUGAGAGGGUCUGUAAGCCAGGUCAUCGGUCCGUUUGCGUUGUAUUAACUAGCUUGGCCGUGUACACACGCUCACACACUCCGGCACCGCAACAAGAGCUGAUUGUUUUCAUGACAAUAUGGGGAAACCCAGAGAGCAUGAGAAAAGAGCUCACAUGAUAAAGAUGUAAUAUCAACAUGACUCAUGUCCCAUAAUUCAAUCUCACUUGCUAUAGGAUCUCUCGCUCAUUCUCUUCCGGUGUCUGUUUUUCUGCUCACUUGUAGCUAAAUAAGAUUUACGUCGUGAGAUUAAGGCCAACUGAGUAGAUUAGAAUAGAUUUUUUUUUGUUUUAGAAUACAAUUAUGUUUUGUUUUUAAAGGGAUAGUUUACCUAAAAUUGAAAAUCAUUUACUGAUAAUGUAUGACGACAGAACACAAAAGGAGAUUUUUUUGACGAAUGUUCAUGCUGCUUCUUUCCAUACAAGAAAAGCCCGAAAAGUGUUUGAACACUUAAGAUGCACCUAAAGUAUGAAUUUCUGUACAUUAUAUAACAAUAUAUCAAACCAAGUUAGAUUUAUUUUAAAGAAAUAAAGCACAAACAUACUAAGUUUCUGUCUGAUGGACAUUCAUUGUUACUGUUAUGGUGCUAAGACACUUUUGUGAACUGACUUCAAACAACACUAGUUAGUUAAAGGUCCCGUUCUUCGUGAUCCCAUGUUUCAAACUUUAGUUAGUGUGUAAUGUUGUUGUUAGAGUAUAAAUAAAAUCUGUAAAAUUUUAAAGCUCAAAGUUCAAUGCCAAGCGAGAU